UAACUCUGAGAAAUCAAAGCAUUUUGGCAAAAUGUAUUGCAAGGUCUUGUGUUUCGCUGCUUUCGUUGCUGCUGCGACAGCCCAAUAUGGAUAUGAACAUGGAUCCGCUUACUCAUCUAACCACAUCUCCCGUCAUGACGGACAUCCACACAUAGUGCACGGCCACCAUGGUCAUGAUUAUCAUGCACAUCCCAAGUAUGAGUUCGAGUACAAAGUGAAGGAUCCCCACACUGGAGACAUUAAGGAUCAACACGAGAGUCGUGAUGGAGACCACGUGACGGGACACUACUCCCUUCACCAGCCUGAUGGAUCCGUUAGAUCUGUUCACUAUCACGGUGAUCAUCACACCGGAUUCCACGCUGACGUCAAAUACGACACGCAUCACAUCGUCCCCAAGCAUCAUCACUACUGAAGACAAUUUAUUUUAAUAUUCAAUUGUUACUUCAUUGUAUUUUUUUCUACAAUUUGUUAAUACUUUUAAUAAACACAAUGAAAACUCA